UCAUCCGGGUCACUCGGAGCUUGAGCUAGCUAGUCUGCACGUCGCUUUAGUGCGCGAUACACACUAAUAAAAACAAAGGUCUGCUUCAAACCAGAGUGCAUUAAAUUAUUGGUGUGUGUUUUCAUUUUAACGUAACAAGAAAUAUGUUUAACUUCAGGCAUUUACUUAACGCAUUAAACAUUAGCUAAUGUUUGUGCAGCUACCAUUAGCUAACAAACUUAGCUACCCGUGAUAGCGCUGGGUAGAUUCGGCAAACUGGCGGAAUUCUAAGCUUACUGCGACUGAAGCAAAGUUACACAAGGAUGUCGGACUCAGACAGUGACGAGGACCAAGAUCGCCCCUUUUCUAUAACUGGGUUCCUCUUUGGAAACAUCAAUGAAGAUGGGCAGUUAGAAGACGACAGUGUUUUGGACAAUGAGUCCAAAAAGCAUCUCGCUGGUUUGGGUACUCUGGGUCUGGGCUCACUCAUUACAGAGAUCACCGCCAAUGAGGAUGAGGAUAAGGAGGAAAACAGAGACUCUGGUAGUGUGGAUGCAGAAGGAUGGGUGAAAAGCACUGAAGAUGCAGUUGAUUAUUCUGACAUCAGUGAGGUUGCUGAGGAUGAGACAAAGAAGUACCGCCAAGCCAUGGGGUCUUUGCAGCCCAGCAGGAAAACAGACGAUGAUGAUGACUAUGAUGCUGACUGUGAGGAUAUUGACUCAAAGCUUAUGCCUCCUCCACCACCGCCAAGUCUUUCAGCAUCUGCUAAGAAAGAUGAACCCUCUUCUCAGAGCACAAAUGCAGUUGGAGAAGAUGGCGACGGCAUCAUUUUGCCUUCCAUUAUUGCACCUUCUUCUACGGCUGAUAAGGUUGACUUCAGCAGCUCCUCAGACUCUGAGUCAGAAACUGACCGCCCCUGCCAGGGUUCUGGGACAGGAGGCCCACCAGACAGACUCAACCUCCCGCUUGCUGGAAUCAUGCAGAAAGAUGCAGCCAAAGCAUUACCAGGUGUCACAGAGCUCUUUCCAGAGUUUAGGCCUGGAAAGGUGCUUAGGUUCUUACGACUCUUUGGUCCUGGAAAGAACAUGCCAUCAGUUUGGAGGAGUGCCCGCAGGAAAAAGAAACGGAAACACAGAGACCAUCAACCUGGGACGCCUCCUCCAGAAGGAGAGCCCUCAGAACAAAGCCAGGACAAGAAAUCUGGAUGGAUUUACGAGUAUGCAGCACCCCCACCUCCAGAACAGUGUCUCUCUGAUGAUGAGAUAACCAUGAUGGCUCCGGUAGAAUCAAAGUUUUCACAGUCAUGUGGUGAUGGGGACAAGGAGACAGAGUCUCGACCUAAAGUGGCAGAAUGGAGAUAUGGGCCAGCCCAGCUCUGGUACGACAUGCUAGGAGUCUAUGAGGAUGGAAGUAAUUUCAGCUAUGGAUUCAAGCUUAAGGAACAGACGUCCGACGAGCCUCAGAAGCAGGAUUUGCCUAAAGAAGUACCUGAGACUUCUCAAGAGUACGACAACAGCAACUUCACUAAUGAUGAUGACAUUGACGGUGGUCAUGAUGAGGAUGGAAAUAAACAAAGGCAGGCCCUAGAGAAUGAGCUUUUCCUGAUGGUCACUCAACUGCAAUGGGAGGAGGACAUCAUUUGGAAUGGAGAGGACGUAAAACACAAGGGCACCAAGACUCAGCGAGCCAGUCUGGCAGGGUGGCUUCCUUCUAGUAUGACCCGCAAUGCCAAUGCUUAUAAUGCACAGCAGGGUCUGACAAGAAGCAAUUCCCAGCUGGUGCCGCCUACUCCUCCACCGAUGCCCAAAGUUUCUUCCAUCACUGGCUCUAAGCGGGAAAAAAACAGCCAUGAUAAUCACGCCUCUCAGGAAGAAGACUGUCCCUGGUUCUCAAUUUUUCCCAUUGACAAUGAAGAGUUAGUGUACGGACGCUGGGAGGACAACAUUAUCUGGGAUGACCAGGAGAUGGAUCACUUGCUCUCCCCACCUGUCCUCACUCUGGAUCCAAAUGAUGAGAAUAUAGUUCUAGAAAUUCCUGAUGAAAAGGAAGAGGCAACCUCGCACUCCCCAUCAAAGGAAAAUAAGAAGGAAACUGCAAUCAAAAAGAGCCGCAUCCUACUGGGGAAAACCGGGGUGAUUAAAGAUGAGCCCCAGCAGAACAUGUCCCAACCUGAGGUGAAGGAUCCCUGGAACCUGUCCAACGAUGAGUUCUACUAUCCCAAACAGCAAGGCCUUAGGGGAACCUUUGGUGGCAACAUCAUUCAGCACUCCAUCCCAGCAUUAGAGCUGAGGCAGCCUUUCUUCCCCACUCACAUGGGGCCCUCGAAGCUCCGCCAGUUUCAUCGACCGUCUCUGAAGAAGUACUCGUUCGGGGCUUUGGCUCAACCAGGUCCACAUGCUGUUCAGCCACUGCUCAAACACAUCAAGAAGAAGGCCAAGAUGCGAGAGCAAGAACGGCAGGCAUCUGGAGGAGGAGAUAUGUUCUUCAUGAGAACCCCACAGGACUUGACUGGCAAAGAUGGAGAUCUGAUCCUAGCUGAGUACAGCGAAGAAUAUGCUCCUCUCAUAAUGCAAGUCGGCAUGGCUACCAAGAUCAAAAACUACUACAAAAGGAAACCAGGAAAAGAUCCAGGAGCCCCUGACUGCAAAUAUGGAGAGACUGUGUAUUGCCACACAUCCCCUUUUCUGGGUUCUCUGCAUCCUGGACAGCUGCUCCAGGCAUUUGAAAACAACCUCUUCCGUGCUCCAAUCUACCUGCAUAAGAUGCCAGAGACAGAUUUCCUGGUUCUACGAACACGACAUGGGUACUACAUUAGAGAGCUUGUGGACAUCUUUGUAGUUGGUCAGGAGUGCCCUUUGUUUGAAGUUCCAGGACCAAACUCGAAACGAGCCAAUACUCACAUCAGAGACUUCCUGCAGGUGUUCAUCUACCGCUUGUUCUGGAAGAGCAAGGAUCGGCCCCGGAGAAUCCGCAUGGAGGAUAUAAAGAAAGCCUUCCCAUCUCACUCAGAGAGCAGCAUUAGGAAACGACUCAAACUCUGUGCUGACUUCAAACGUACAGGAAUGGACUCAAACUGGUGGGUACUUAAGCCUGACUUCAGAUUACCUACUGAGGAAGAGAUUAGGGCCAUGGUGUCCCCAGAGCAGUGCUGCGCCUAUUACAGCAUGCUGGUGGCAGAGCAGAGGCUCAAGGAUGCUGGAUAUGGUGAGAAAUCCUUCUUUGCUCCAGAGGAGGAGAAUGAAGAGGACUUCCAAAUGAAGAUUGACGAUGAGGUGCGGACAGCUCCUUGGAACACAACAAGAGCCUUCAUUUCUGCCAUGAAGGGGAAGUGUCUGUUGGAGGUUACAGGUGUGGCUGAUCCUACGGGCUGUGGAGAAGGUUUCUCCUACGUGAAAGUGCCAAACAAGCCCACACAACAGAAGGUCUCAUUAUCUCAAGAUGAUAAAGAGCCACAGCCUGUCAAGAAGACAGUGACCGGGACAGAUGCCGAUCUGAGGAGGCUCUCGCUGAAGAAUGCCAAGCAGCUGCUGCGCAAGUUUGGUGUUCCAGAGGAGGAGAUCAAGAAAUUGUCGCGAUGGGAGGUCAUCGAUGUAGUGAGAACCAUGUCGACAGAGCAAGCGCGCUCAGGCGAGGGACCAAUGAGCAAGUUUGCCAGAGGCUCUCGUUUCUCUGUAGCUGAACACCAAGAACGAUACAAAGAAGAGUGUCAGAGGAUCUUUGACCUGCAGAACAAAGUGUUGGAGUCGACAGAGGUGCUUUCCACAGACACAGACAGCAGUUCAGCAGAAGAUAGUGACUUUGAGGAGAUGGGGAAAAACAUUGAGAACAUGCUGCAGAACAAAAAGACCAGCUCCCAGCUUUCCCGUGAGAGGGAAGAGCAGGAGAGGAAGGAACUGCAGAGGAUGCUGAUGGGCGAGGAGAGCGACAACAAAGGACGCAAGGAGCGGCGCAAAGGCUUGUCCAGUUCCCUGUCCACCAGCUCCCACAAAGAUGAUGACACAUCCUCUGUCACCAGCCUGAACUCCUCGGCAACAGGACGGCGACUCAAGAUCUAUCGCACCUUCAGGGACGAGGAUGGCAAGGAAUAUGUCCGCUGUGAGACAGUGCGCAAAGCUGCUGUCAUCGACGCCUACACAAGGAUCAGAACCACCAAGGAUGAUGAAUUCAUACGAAAGUACGCCCUCUUUGAUGAGCAGCAUCGAGAGGAGAUGAGGAAAGAGCGCCGGCGCAUUCAGGAGCAGCUGAGGAGGUUGAAGAGAAACCAAGAGAAGGACAAGAUCAAGGGACCCCCAGAGAAGAAGACCAAGAAGGUCAAGGAGCGACCAGACCUCAAGGUAAAACUAAAGUGCGGCGCAUGUGGAGCCAUUGGGCACAUGAGGACCAACAAGUUCUGUCCGCUGUAUUAUCAAACCAACGCCCCGCCCUCUAACCCCGUUGCCAUGACAGAGGAGCAGGAGGAGGAGCUGGAAAAGACCGUCAUCCACAACGAUAAUGAGGAGCUGAUCAAGGUGGAGGGCACUAAGAUUGUGCUGGGCAAGCAGCUCAUUGAAAGUGCUGACGAGGUGCGCAGAAAGUCUUUAGUGCUCAAGUUCCCCAAACAACAGCUGCCACCAAAGAAGAAGAGACGUGUAGGCAGCGCAGUCCAUUGUGAUUACCUCAAUAAACCUCACAAAGCCAUCCACCGCCGGCGCACUGACCCCAUGGUAACCUUGUCGUCUGUACUAGAAAGCAUCAUCAAUGACAUGCGGGAUCACCCCAACACAUACCCUUUCCACACACCAGUCAAUGCCAAGGUUGUCAAGGACUAUUAUAAGAUCAUCACCCGGCCCAUGGACCUGCAGACACUACGGGAUAAUGUACGCAAGCGGAUGUACCCAUCUAGGGAGGAGUUCCGUGAAGCAGUGGAGCUCAUCGUCAAAAACAGCGCCACCUACAAUGGGGCAAAGCAUCCAAUAACACAAGUGGCACAGUCUAUGUUGGACCUGUGUGACACUAAACUGAAAGAGAAGGAGGACAGGCUGGUGAGGCUGGAGAAAGCCAUCAAUCCCCUGCUGGAUGAUGACGAUCAGGUGGCCUUCUCCUUCAUCCUGGACCACAUUGUGACCCAGAAAAUGAUGAUGGUUCCUGACUCCUGGCCGUUUCACCAUCCUGUCAACAAAAAGUUUGUGCCAGAUUAUUACAAGGUAAUCGUAAACCCCAUGGAUCUGGAGUCCGUCCGCAAGAACAUCUCCAAACAUAAAUACCAGAAUCGAGAUGCGUUCCUCUCAGAUGUCAGUCUCAUCCACACGAACAGCAUCAAGUACAAUGGCCCUGACAGUCCUUACACCAAGACAGCCCUGGAUAUUGUCAAUGUGUGCAAGCAGACCUUGGCAGAGUAUGAUGAGCACUUGACACAGUUGGAGAAAGACAUCUCUACUGCUAAAGAGGCAGCUCUGGAUGCAGCUGACUUAGAGAGUCUGGACCCAAUGACGCCUGGGCCUUACACACCACAGCCUGCUGAUAUGUUUGACAGCGGAGCUUCAGUGAGUCUGCCCAGAGAGCCCAGCAGCCUUUUCUCUGAGGGACCUCUAGUGGUUGCUCCAGAGAAGAGAGGGGGGCAGGGACGGCACAUGAGAAGACCUGGAGAAGAAGAAUCAGAUGUGGACAUUGAAGGAUUUGAGGAGGAGGAUGAUGGGAAACCCAAGACUCCUGCUCCGGCAGAGGAUGCUGAAGGAGAUCUGGAGGAUGAAGAUGACGAAGAGGAGAUGCUGCUGUCACCUCGCAGACGGGGGCAUCAUGACCAGGAGGAAGAGGAAGACGACGAAGACGACGACGACAGAAGAUCUAACCGCCCGGACCAAGCCAGUGUGCUGUAUCAGGACCUGCUAAUGUCUGACGGAGAGGAGGACGCCAGCGAAGAGGAAGGGGACAACCCUUUCUCCUCCAUACAACUAUCAGAGAGCGGCAGUGACUCUGACAGGGAGGUUGAUGUGCGACCUGCACCUCCACGGAGAGCUCAAGAGACGGCCCGCAUGGGCAUGGAGCAGGACGAGAGCAUGAUGUCAUAUGAAGGGGAUGGACAUGAUGAGCCGCACAUGGAGGACAGCAAUGUCAGUUACGGCAGUUAUGACGAGAGUCGUAGCCAGUUACAGCCGUCCAGCAUGGGAAACGGAGAGGAGUACGGCAUCAGCGAAGAGGAGGAGGAAGAUGAUGAAGACGAAGCCCGGAGGAGAGGCCCGGCUGUGCUCUCCCAGGUCCAGCUCAGUGAAGAUGAGGAGAGCGAAGAGUUCCGAUCUAUUGGGGGAGACAGCGACAUGGACUCUGACAACUGAAAUCUUUCAUGAAACGUAAAGUUCUUUACUUGACGCAGUAUCACGAAAACACUGUUUCUCAACUGAGAAAAUAUGACUUCUCAGGUAUAUAUGUACAUUCUUUUUAUUUUGUAAAUGAUGCAUAGUGUUUAUAGCUUCCUGCUGUGGCUCUGUCACAAGACAGUGCAUUGUAAAUUUCGGUUUGCCUUCAAUAUGUUGAAAGAAAACCACAGUGUCUGUCUUAACACGGAACAGCGUGUUCCAUGUUUUGUACUAUUUUAACUCAAGUAUAACCCGCACUGAAAAAAAUGAAAAUAAAAAAAUAGAAUAAA